GUGGGCUGCCCCACGCGCAGGUGGCGGCCCCCUGGGGGGGGAUGGACCACCUCGGAGGGGCCGUGGCGUCCGGGUACCGCGAGGACGGGGAGGAGGAUCUAGAGAGCUGCAGGGUAGGCAUGAAGGGAUCCAAACUGCCUCCCAUCUGCAGCGCCCCAGAGCCCACCAAACGGAAGGUGAAGAAGAAAAAGAAGAAGACUGAGGGGUCGGGCAAGGGGGACGAUAAACACAGUCGAAGCCUGAAGACUCAGCAGCUGUCUCCGUCUUUGCAUGCUGUCUUAAGCUCCAGCAAACAUGAUGGCCCAAGGCAAGAGCACAGACAGGACAAAGAGCAAAACAAGCUCGCCCCUUCUUUCUUCCCUUCUGUAAGUCUCCCCUACUUGGCAGAAAUAGAAGAGACCCUUUCAAGCCAGGUCAAUGAGAGUCUGCGCUGGGAUGGAAUUCUUGCCGACCCAGAGGCAGAAAAAGAAAGGAUUCGCAUAUACAAGCAGAACCGGAGGAAGCGGUACCGGAUUUUGGCCCUUAAGAGCUUCCACGUGGACCCCUGUGCCGAGGAGAGGCCUGAGAACCUGGCUUGGCUCUCAGAUCAGGAUGGCGGCGGCAGGAGCAGGCAGCCCUCGGUAAAAGCCGGCUGCCCCAGUCCCUGCUUUGAGGGCAACUUGACGCCAAAGCUCCCACACUGUGAUUUAGCCACUGCUCUGCCAGAGUGAAAUCCACCCCGAUACUGACAAGCUGACCGUUAUUCCUCACCACUAGUUUAUGUGUUGAAAAAGACGAAGAAAGGGAAAUCAGGCCUGCAUCUGAAAGAAGUGGGUGUCUGCUGUGUGGAGGCAGACCUGUCCCUUCACGGAGCUGCCCUUACUGGCCCCGGGAGGCGACAAUUUCUUAACAUAAGCAACUCAAUGAACAGAGUUCUCUUCAGAAUUCCUUUUUCUCCAAUUCCUUUUUCUCUUAUUGGAUUGCCAGAUCCAAUAAGCUGGCAUCUCUGUUACUUAAUUUCCUAUCACAGUUAGAUGUCCAUAACCUGCUGCCAGAAAAAAAGAAAGUGUGUAGAUUAUAUCAAUUCUAAAUCUUAAGUGAAUUUCACAGGUAAAAUCCCACACCCAGCAUGCUCCUGUGGGCUCAAAGAAAACACUCUGGAUAUCCUGGAGACUUUUCCUUUUAAUUAAAUGUACUCCUUGCCCCU